AUGUCGGAUCUUGUCAAUCUAUCACGGCCCGCAAUCUUGGCUCAGUGCUCUCGAUGCUCCAGUUCAUUAGCCGUCCUCGAGAAUGAGUGGGCAACUUUAUCAUCUGCCUACUCUAUUGCGACAGCCUGGCUGAGUGUCAACUUCAACCGCAUCUCCAUCUCUUCAGAGAGGAAACAAAUCCCGCGGACGCCAGAGUUUCAUCUUUUGCGCGGUCGUACUACUCAAGAGGUGUGCUGCAAACUUUGUCAACAAAAACUUGGCGCUCUAUGUACUCUGGACAAUGGACCCAACAUCUUUUGGAAGAUGUCAAGGGUCGCCUACAGGGAAGUUGUGACUAUGCGAACCGCUGAGCCGAUUUUCAAAGACGGCGCUCUUGAAAGAUUCCUCCAUCCAACUCCUCCAGAACCAGCUCGACGAGAUCGCUCCUCUGCCAACGACGCCGCGUUGAUCCCCACUGGCCUUUCCGGCUCAUCAAAAGAACCAAUCUUGCAACGGCAGAUGCAAAACCAGGGACGAAGUAUUGAUCAGAUCUCAAGCUCGGUGAAUCACCUGCAGGACACUAUGACAGACUUGAAGCAUUCGUUUACCUCGCUCCGCAUAGAACUUCAAGGGCCUAAUCGCCAUGUGGCAGAACACGGAAACCUCAACAGCCAGGGCUUCGACAUGGUUGCGACGGUACUGAAGGAGUUGAAAUCAAAGUCAGACGAAAUCGAGAAAUUGAAGCUCGAGAUUGAAGCAUUGAAGCUGAGAAACCGGUUCAUGGAGGAGCGCAGACCAAGUAAUAAUGUAGAUUACUUGGGUACAGGAAAUGAUUCGCUGCCUCAAGUUCAAAGUCCUGGUCUGCUACAGGCAGGAAGAAAACGUGCCUGGCCUGACGCCUUCUCUAAUAGCGUCUCUCGCACGGUCGCAGACUCGUUCGGUGAAGAAGACAUGGUUGAAGAUCUGGCGUCGGAGCCUCGGCCAUCGUACAUGGUGAGAAUUCCGAUCAAGAAUUCGCAUAUGAUUACCAAUGGCGAAAGUCGGGAUCAGCCGCCUGGUUGGCCUCCAAACGUCCACGAUGCGAAUCAUGACCAACGCCCAAGGACCAUUGUCGACAAUCAAGGACCGGACGUUUCAGAGCAGAGUCCAACCAAACGACUUAGGGUCACUCAAUCCUCUGCGGACCUAUCUCGCUCACAGGAUUGUUCUGAGAAACGACGGCGAGGCCGGCCAAGGAAGUCCAUAACCGAGAUCUUUAAACCCAGUGUUCCCCAAACACCAGAUUAUUCCCCGGGUGGCUCGGAAGCAGGUAUUGAGUCUAGCUCGUCUGUUCAAGUCCCCGUUUCUCUUUCAAGCCCACAAAGGCAAUCCCACCGAGGUCGCCCUCGGCGCGUUACACGAUCACGAUCAAUGGGCCCGGCAGAAUUCCAUCAGACAGCGCCACCUGAGACUCCCCUCUCCGCCGAAGGUCCUACGAAAGAAAAAACCAACGGCGAGCCAACGAUUUCAGAGGAAUACCAGGUGACGAAUAGGGAUGAGGAGACUAAUAGCAGCGUCGGUGUUGAAAUUUCUGUGGCUACGGAGGAAGAAAUGCGUCAAGCUAAGGUUGCGGCGCGGGACCUCUUGACCCAGAUGACUAUGCAGCGCGAGGAGGUCAUGGAUACCUUGGAAUCACGGUGA